UGUUAGCUAGCAGCGAUAAAAUUAAAAGUAGAUGGAACUGACCGUAUGAAACCGUUUUCAACGUGUCAGCCUAAGUCAAUUUUUAAAUUAAAAAUGUUCAACAUUGUAAGAAUUCGCAUGCAUUGUUUGUGAUUCUGUAUGAGCUUUUUUUGUAAGACGUCGACGCACGAAGGAGCCUCAGCAGCAACUAAAACGAAUUUUACCGUAUGCAUUUUUUUAUUUUUUGUGCACUAAUGAAUGAAGUCAUCAGUAGCUUGCCGCUACUAAUAAUUUAAAAAGUACCACAGCGACAAACAGCACAAGAAAACACCUUAGAAUUGAACACACUCCCUACUGAUAACAGCAAUAUUAUAUGGAAGACAGAUAACUAUAUGGGACAACAUCCUCACAAUUUACUCUAUGAUGUUUUAUCAUUUACCUCAGACAUUGUUUUCCUCUUCUGAUCGUGACUCAAGAGCACAGGCUUGCUAUCUAUACGUGGGCCGAGACCCGUUGAGGAACUAUUUUAAGAGGCUAUAUCCCGCAUGUGAACGAGUCAAUAUUUCGCGAGUACAAUGUUUGCGUUUACGAACUCAAGCCCAAGCCAGAGAAAAGCCAUCGUGCGUUCUUAUGUAUUGCUGUGUCGUCACAGGUUUGCUGUUGGUAGUAUUUCAUUUGUAGAACACUGCCAAGCCAUUCCUGGCGACAGACACUAUAUCUGCCAGCCAGUGGUGGCUGGACUAUAAAAUCCCUUUGUCUCAACACCCUGUUGUUCUGCCUCUUGUCCGCGACCAUCAACCAGUAGUUCAGCAAGACGGCAAAAUGGGCGAUCCGAUACGAAGGCCUGGAAAUCCAAAAGUGGACAACAAACCCAAGUCGAAGAUUUCAGCAUCUCGAAAACUUUCUUUGAAGAUAAUGCUUCUGAACAGAGCCAUAGAGGAUCUGGAGAAAGAAAAACAAGACAGGGAAGAAGAGAAAAAUCGCUACCUCACAGAAAAACACCCUCCUUUGCAGAUUUCUGGGCUCUCUCUGGCAGAGUUACAGAAUCUGUGUAAGCAACUCUAUUCCAAAAUAGACGUAGUGGAUGAAGAGAGGUACGACUAUGAGGAUAAAGUCAAAAAGCACAACAAAGAUAUCAAUGAGCUUAAGUUGAAAGUUCAGGAUUUAGGCGGGAAGUUCAAGAAACCUGCUCUGAGGAAGGUGCGUGUGUCUGCCGAUGAGAUGAUGAGGGCAUUGCUGGGCUCCAAACACAAAGGCUCCAUGGACCUCCGUGCAAAUCUGAAGUCAGUCAAAAAGGAGGACAUUAAGCAAGAAAAGGUCUUGACCUCUGAGGUAGGUGAUUGGCGUAAGAAUGUGGAAGCCAUGUCUGGAAUGGAGGGAAGAAAGAAGAUGUUUGACGCCGCUGGGGGAGGCCAGUAAACCCCUUUGUUGAACCGACCUGACCUUCUGGCUGGUCUUCACCGAGAAGAUAUAAAACGGAAAGAAUGAAGCUAAAGAGUUUUGGCUUUGACCUUUCUGAGCUGCUGUUUUUCCGAGCCAACUCAUAGUAACUGCUAAGUAAUAAGUCGACAUAGGAAAAUAUAAAUCCUGCGAUUAUCUUCUCACCUUUUAGUUGAUUUAAAGCUGAAUUAUGUUCUGGAACACAUACUAUUGACGCUGCUCACAUUCUUAUCCAUAAAAGUAAAUAAGGGGCUGUCAAGAUCUAAAAAGUCCCAUCAAAGUACAUCCCAUGAUCUAAAUUUCAAGUCUUCUGAAGCUAAGAAUUUUUGUCAUGAUGCUUUCAUUUGGAGUUUGACGACCCCUAACCAAAAUGUGUCUUCAUUCUGUGGAAAAAUAAUAUGUGAAUGAUGUUUUUUCUUAAAAAUAUAAUUUGACAGAUCUCCAUGAAAGACUAAAGUGCAGACAAAGACAUAAGAUAGGCCUUAGUAAUUUUUAGGUGUUUUUGAGACUUCCGUCUGCAGCCAUUUCAUUUCAUUAUAAAUGUAUCAGAUAAUAUUAAUAGUAAUAAUAAUAAAAAAUGGCAUAUGUUUGACUGGGAUAUAUGUAUGUUUUUGUGUGUUACAAUUAAGUCUUAAAUUGACAUUAAAAGUUACAUUAUUAAGCCAAAAUAA